UCCUGCCUCUCUCCCCUCUGCGCUCAGAGCAACUUUGCUAGAAGAGCUCGGCUCUGAGGUGCUCCUUGGGGGGGUUUCCAGCCGCACUUUUGCACCUGAGCAACUAUUUGGGACCUACUUAGGAAACGGGGGCGGGAGAGAGGGCCGGACCCCCUCCGCCUCUUGUCCUGGAGAGAGCAUCUUCUUCCCUUGUUUGCAAACCCGAAGUGCCCUAGCCCCCAUCCCUCCUCCCGGCCCGGGCGAGCUAGCAGGAGGACUUGGCGUGCAUCCCUGGCCCAAGUGCACGGGCUGGCCCCCGCCUCCAGUGAGAAGCUAUUCUUGCUUGAGGCUUUGCAAAAGUUAGGAAGUACUGUGCUGGAACUCUUGGAAAUGGAUAUUCCUGGGCCUUAUGUCCAAAAGCUUAUCCCGAUGGAUGGCAAAUUAAAAGAGGCUGGAUGCAAAGAAGAAAGUGUAUUAAAGAUCACAUCUUUCUGGGAUCCAUGGGCCCUUUGAGAGAUGAUCAGAGGGAGGCCGGAUGAUCUACUGAACGCACACAAGAACCUUUCUCCUCCACAAAGGCAGCAUCGGAGAACUCCCCACACUCCUGCUCCAUCCAGUUUACCCACUCAUUACCGGGCCUUCCGCAGCUGUGAGUGGGAGGUAGUGGAGCGAUCGCUCAAUAUCCUGCAGGCCAGUGGCUUCUACUGGGGUCCCUUAUCUGUGAGUGAAGCACACGCCAAGCUACAGCAGGAGCCGGUGGGGACCUAUCUGGUGCGGGACAGCUCUCAGGGGAACUGCCUCUUCAGUGUGAGUGUUCGGAUGCCAGCAGGCCCAGUCAGCCUCCGGAUCUCCUUCCGGGAGGGCUACUUCUGGCUGAAGGACUGGUUCUCGGACUGUGUAGUUAGGCUGCUGGAGAUGGUGGUAGCAGGAACCCAGGCCAACCCCAUCCACUGUGAUGAAAUGGGGGGAACCCCCCUGGUGUUCUCUGAACCCCUCUGCAGGAACCGCAGGGUUGUGCCCAAGUUGUAGGAACUUUGCAUCAAAGCCUGGGAGCUUACAAUGGGACAAGGGAGGAAGGUUAGAGAUUGGAAGAGAUACAUGGGAGGGGCAGUUACUUUUCAGUGUGGAAAGGAACAAGGCAUAAUAUCACCUGGAAUCCACUGCCUAUACAGAGAGGGAGACAGCUGCAUACAUGUGGCAGACAAAACUGAGCGAGUGUGACACGCUAACUGAAUGUGCCACUGCCGUUGGAUUGUACUUUUCCUUGGGGUAGGGGUGGGGAAUAGCUUAAACCUGCUGACUACGGGAGCAUAUCCUCCUGAGGUAAAGGUGUGUAGCUUCUCCCUGUGGCAGAGUAGAACUGUCCCAAUCCAGCACUUUUUAUUCCAGUUGUGAUGCAUAAGCUUCAGAAACAUGGGCAUUGCCUGUCCUGCCAGCACACCCCUGUUCUCCCUGUAUUCCAAAGUGCCUAAGCUAUUUCUUGCUGAAAAAUCUCUCCUCGUGGAAAGGUCCAGUUGAAUUUCUAAGAGUUUGACAAGCUGUUAUCAGGAAUUGUACACUGAUCUCUGAUACCAAAGCAAUGCGUGUGUGUGUGUGUGUGUGUGUGUGUGUGUGUUGAGAGAGAGAAAGAUUUCACAACCAGCAGCCUUCACUUCCCUGCACCAUGGAAAUACAUAACAUGCCACUUCAGAAAUACAAGAAAUGACUGUCUAAUAUUUGCACUGUAGGAAACAGUUGCAGGCAUGUGUAAUAAUACAGUUCCACCAGCUUCUGCAUUGCUUGUAUUGGAAGCUGGACUGCAUAGCUUCAUUUUUUAUGGGCAGCUGGGCUUUACUGUAGUGGGAUAAUAUUAUAUUUCAGCCAACCAAGUCUUGGUUUGGAGAGUCCAUUCUGCUAUUGAUUGUAUCAGCGGAUGUGUCUAAAGCACCAGCAUAUAUGGUCAUCUGGCAGUAUGCUGCUGCCCCCUGCAGAUCAUCACUAAAGGAACACUCUAAAAAGUUAGGUUUUUGUCUAAAAGGGACGGAGAAGUGCAUUAUAAAAGUUACUACUAAUAAAAAUGUUUUCAAAAUGUCUUUGAAAGGAGCUUGCAAAAAAAGUAAUAAUUCUCCUGCAGUGCUGGAAAACCAAACAAACUAGCUUUGGGCCAGUACAUGAAAAUCAAAGGUUCACUGGCCAUGCUGAGUGAAGUGAAAAACAAAAAAAGGAUUAGUUAGGAACAGUAAAUUUCACUUCUUUUUUUUUUUUUUUAGUGUAUUAAUCUAAAAAUAUAGGUACCACAAGGAGGACACUGUCUCAAUAUAUAAGGUCUAGAUUUUAAAUAUUGUAUUUGUAUGGCAUUGAAUAGUAUGCUAGGUGCCUCAAAGAACAGCUAGUUAUACAAGGCCCUGAUGCAAAGAAUACACAUUAUAGAUGUCACAGCUGGUGAGGGUGGGAAUGGACAUGGGGAUUAGACAGAAUUAUGAAAACAAGGUCCUAUAAAGAUUGGGUUCAUCUGAGUGACAUCAGCAUUUAAGCAGUGUCCCUAAAAAUGUACCUAUGAAAACAGAUGCUUCUGUGCACAGAUGGCACUGUGAGUGUGUAACUUCAGAGCAAAUGUUUGAAAAUUUGGUCCAUAACUUGUAUCGGAACAGUUUCCUUUUAAAAGAGAAACCAACUUAAAUUGCCUCAUUAGCACAGAUACAAAGUUAAAUAACCAAGUCUGUGCAGACAAGUAGACUGUAUGUUCUUGGUACCUUUUGAGGCACAUCUCUUUUCUUUUUAGUGUCUCAGGCAGCAGAGAGGCAAGGUGUUCCUCUGAUUAAUAGCUCGCCAUUUUUUUUUUCUGGCACUAGCUCUAAAUGGCGAGAGUCCUGGGCUGCUGCCCACUUCGAAGUGAAAAGAAGAAAUAGGCCUUGACUCAGGCCCUACAAGGAUUUUUUUUAAAGAAACUUAUUCAAUGAAAUUGGCAUGACAAGCUCCUCAACAGCACAACCAAAGUUCUCCGUCAUACCGCCUAGGUGGGACUGACGGCAAAGUAGAUGGAGAGGCAGGUGGGUCAACAGGAGGCAGUCAGUGACAGCAAGGUGCCACAGGACUCUCUGCUGCUUUUUACAGAUCCAGACUAACACUGCUACUCCUCUGAUACUUAUGCUAUUUUGAACUUCAUCAGUGUCCCCAGCCUGUAGGCGAAGCCUCAGACACUCUUUAUUUCUGUGCAUUGCUGCAGAACCACUGCCUCUGAGCUCCUUCCUCAACCAUGAAUGCCACCUGCCUGCUCUGCCCUGUGCUGUGCAUUCCCUUACUCAUCCCAUCUCUGGAAGACAGGUGGGACAUAGUCCUCUCUACCUACGUGGCCUUUCACUCCCCCUCCUUUGCCCCACUGCAAAUGCAACACCUGAAGUAUGCUCGCUACCUUCCUCUAUUUACUCCAUGCACUAGCAAAAGGAACUGACUUAUUUCUUCAAAGUUCACAGCUGUCCUCAGGAAUGGCUCUGUUUUACCAUGGUUGUGUAACACAGAGGGAAGAGUCAUCUCAUUCCAUUGCUUUGACCCAGCUGUGAACUGUUCUUAUCUAAUUAUUUGGCCUAAAAAUAAGCACCUUGGGUUGUGUAGCUAACAGCUCUUGAAUCAUUCCAUUGUUAAUGGUCACGAUUACUCUAUUUGAAAAUUACAUUAAAGGAUAAAUAAAAUACUCUAGCUCCUAAUAGGGGGAUCUUUUAGUUAGUUUUAAUGUUCGUGCUUUAUACGUAAACCACACAGCACAUGCUUAACACCCUCUAUUAUAAAUAGCUUAAUUAGUGCGCACCCCAUAGGAAAUUGGUUUGAACUCUAUGAUUGACAACUAAUAUAUAAGUGCUAAGUAUUGUUUUAUUAAUUUCUAAAACAAGGAUGAUAUGCAUGUUUGUCCCAAUUAAUACAAAGACAAAGGUCUCUCAGAAAACAGGGUGGGACAAAGAAACCAAUUUUGGGAGAAUUAUGGUAUGGAAAAGUAUUGUGGCAAUUUGGAUGUAAAGGGUUUUGGAGAUGGUCCUUUCCCUCCCCCCACCUGCCCAGGACUAUGGAAAAACUUUUUAAAACUUCUGGAAAAAUAUGGACUAAGUAAGUAAAACCAUAAUUGUUUGCUUGUGGGAGUGUUUAAAUGUGUCUCUCUCUCUCUCUGUAAAAUAUGUUCUGUUAAGAAGGAUUUUGCUGCUGACACUCAGUGGGAGAUAUUUCUGUAAGACACCUUGAAUGUAGAUUUGUCCAUCCCCACCUCAAGAAGGAGAAAACAUCUCCUGACAUGUACCCUAGUGCCUCUCUGGAUGUCUGCAGGUCUGUAAUUUCUUUAUAGUAUUCUCGUUAUCUACUGCCCUCAAAACCCUGUUCAGGGAAUAGGAAAACGAGGUUGGUUCAGGUCUCUGACUGGCACACCUCGGUUUGCUGAGGAAAUUAUACAAGCGCACAUAUGGAUUUUUAAUGUAUUCUUGCUAAUGGUAAAAGUCAAAAGUUGAUUGGACUCAUAAGAGGUUCUGUAUAUCAAGCCUUAAAGUGCUCGAGUUUUAAUCCCAACAAGCAACAAGUGCAGCAUAAGAAACUGAAAGUUCCUAACUAAUGGGAUUACUAACCUGACUCUCACCAGCUCUCUUCAUAAUGCUCUUGUGUCUUAACCAGUCAUGUUGUAUUUUUCCCAGAGUCCUUGGCUGAAAUUUGUUAGUUGCUUCUCAGUGUGCACAUGUGCAGCAGGGAGCCCCCAGCCAAUGGCUUUUAUGUUAUCACUACCUCUGAGAAAAGGGUCUGUGUUCAUUAUGAACCUGCCUCACCAGAUCAAACUCCACCUAGAAACAUGGAGUGUGCACAAACCCCCACAUCUCAUAUAUUGCAUAGCAUUAGGGCAUGAUGAAUGUUUGGUUUCCUGAAUGGCCCCCCUACUUUAUCAGAAUUCCAAAUAUAAUUUUCCCUAUACAUGCAAUAAUGUCUCAGAUUUGACCUCUGAUGAUGUUACCAAAACUGUAUGUUUGCAUCAGUAUUGCCUUGUAAUUUGCUAGAAUUGAUAAUUUACCAGGAUAAACUCAGGUACUAAACUGUACUGACUUCUUCAGUUUAGUUUAGUUUACACCAGAUAUACCAAUUCCUUGGAUGUAUAACCCCAUUAGUGUUAUAUAUUUGUAUAUAGAAGAACAGGAGUACUUGUGGCACCUUAGAGACUAAC